AUGUUUAGUAAAUAUUUUCUUCUCAUCGUUGGUCUUGUAGCUAUCGUAUAUAUAAAAACAACAAAUGCUUAUGGUGUUUGUUCAUGUAUGUGCUGUGAUGGACAAGGUUGUGAACCCCGGCUUGUAGGUACUACACAAGUUCCAAGCUGUGGUGAAUUGAAUUGCAUUAAUAGUUGUAGACAUGCUUUUCCACUUGCUUGUGAUAGUUCUAGUCCAGGUGGAAUUUCAACACCUUGCCAAGACGUGACAACAACAACGAUACAUAGUGGUGCAUUCAAUGUUCAAGAAAGUUCAUUAUUUAUUACUUUACUUUUAUCAUCACUUCUUCUCGUAACAAAAAUUAUAUUUUAA